GUCAAAGCGUCGGAUCUCAUGCUUCAAGCUACCAAGCAGGAUGAUGCCAGAGCAGGCAUUUCAGAUCACUUUCGGUGCCUGCUCAAGGAUGCCCUCACCAACACCCAUUUCUUUAUCAGUGGCUUGGAUGCCCCGUGCCGCACAACGCGAGGCACCCGACCGGGUGAUCCACUUGGUGACUUGCUCUAUAACAUGGUGAUGGCUUUGAUUAUGCGUGAUGCCCGUGGGUCUAUGCUGCAGAUGACCAAUGCGGAGUGGAUUGGUGGUCCCACCCCAUGUGCGGAUUUCCCUGCCUUUGAGGAGCUCCCGCGCGUUGCGUUCCUCGACUUGGCAUUCGUCGAUGAUUGCGCAGUGGCAACUCAUGCCCCCGACAAUGACCAGACGGAAGUUACCUUGCACAUCAUUGGUCCCGGCUCGAAAGCCCGCAAAGCUGCCCUUCAUGAUCAGCACAAUGCUGUCUUGGACAAUGGAUGGCCAUACAUAUGCUCUGCGUGUGGUUCAUUGCUACAAGCAUUUGGGCACUUGGUUCAGCAGGGUGCAGCAGCCAGCAAAGAAGUCGGCCACCGUGGAACGGUAGCUCGCCAGAGCUGGGGGCCUUUCUACAGCAAGAGCGAUGUCUCCAUUCGUACCAAGAUGGCAGUGUUCCGGACGUUGACUUUGUCGCGCUUGUUGUACGGCCAUGGUCUUCUGCUGGGUUGGGCCCGUUGGGCCCGUUGGGCCCGUCAGGCCCGUCGGGCCCGUCAG